UCCUAUUGUCUGAAUGCAGAAGUUGGAACACGAGCUUCGGAAGCUGCUGCUCCUCUCUCUGAAUGAAGAUUGAGUUUGCUCCAGACUGUAACCUCCUUACUCCGUCACCCAUCUGAUAUGAGAAGAGCAGCUUUGCAGGUAGAGCUCCCCAACUGAGUACCAUGUGAAGGUCUGACAGAGCCCCUUGAUUCGUGGGACAGGAGAGACGUCCCUCUUUCAGUCCAGAAGGGGCAAAUUCUUUGAACGUUUUUGUCUGCUUCAGUAGGCUCUUAAAGUAUCGUCUUUACCUGAACCACAGGGGCACGUGCCUGAGCCAGUUUGCCCACUGUGGGGAAAGGAAGUCUCAGGAGGCAUUCCGCGCGCCAUGGAGAAACCGUGGAAGUGUGGGGAUUGCGGGAAAGGGUUCCGCUCCCCCUCCGUGCUGGAGAUCCACCGCCGUGUCCACACUGGGGAGAGGCCGUUCAGCUGCUCGGUGUGCGGCAAGGGCUUCACCCAGCUGUCUAUCCUGCUGACCCACCAGCAUUUCCACACCGGGGAGCGGUCCUUCACCUGCCCCGUCUGCGGCAAGUUCUUCACCCAGUCGUCCACCCUGCUGACCCACCAGCGGGUCCACACCAGGGAGCGGACCUUCACCUGCUCCAUCUGCGGCAAGGGCUUCACCGACUCCUCCCACCUGCUGACCCACCAGCGGGUCCACACCGGGGAGAGGCCGUUCAGCUGCUCGGUCUGUGGCAAGAGCUUUACCCAGUCAUCCAACCUGCUGCGGCACCAGCGGCUCCACACCGGGGAGCGGCCCUUCACCUGCUCCGUCUGCGGCAAGGGCUUCACCGACUCCUCCCACCUGCUGACCCACCAGCGGGUCCACACCGGGGAGAGUCCGUUCAGCUGCUCGGUCUGCGGCAAGAGCUUUACCCAGUCGUCGAACCUGCUGCAGCACCAGCAGGUCCACACCGGAGAGUGGCCCUUCACCUGCUCCGUCUGCGGCAAGGGCUUCGCCCGCUCGUCCGACCUGCUAACCCACCAGCGGGUCCACACCGGGGAGCGGCCGUUCAGCUGCUCCGUCUGCGGCAAGGGCUUCGCCCGCUCGUCCGACCUGCUAACCCACCAGCGGGUCCACACCAGGGAGCGGCCGUUCAGCUGCUCGGUCUGCGGCAAGAGCUUCACCCGCUCGUCCACCCUGCUGCAGCACCAGCGGCUUCACACCGGGGAGCGGCCCUUCACCUGCUCCGUCUGCGGCAAGAGCUUCUCUCACUUGUCCAACCUGCUGACCCACCAGCGGCUCCACACCAGGGAGUGGCCCUUCACCUGCUCUGUCUGCGGCAAGGGCUUCACCCGCUCGUCCAACCUGCUAACCCACCAGCGGCUCCACACCGGGGAGCGGCCGUUCAGCUGCUCGGUCUGCGGCAAGAGCUUCACCCGCUCGUCCACCCUGCUGCAGCACCAGCGGCUUCACACUGGGGAGCGGCCCUUCACCUGCUCCGUCUGCGGCAAGAGCUUCUCUCGCUCGUCCAACCUGCUGACCCACCGCCGGGUCCACACUAGGGAGCGGCCCUUCACCUGCUCCGUCUGCGGCAAGGGCUUCACCCGCUCGUCCGACCUGCUAACCCACCAGCAGGUCCACACCGGGGAGUGGCCCUUCACCUGCUCCGUCUGCGGCAAGGGCUUCACCCGCUCGUCCAACCUGCUGACCCACCAGCAGGUCCACACCAGGGAGCGGCCCUUCACCUGCUCUGUCUGCGGCAAGGGCUUCACCCGCUCGUCCGACCUGCUAACCCACCAGCGGGUCCACACCGGGGAGAGGCCGUUCAGCUGCUCGGUCUGCGGCAAGAGCUUUACCCAGUCGUCCAACCUGCUGCGGCACCAGCGGCUUCACACCGGGGAGCGGCCCUUCACCUGCCCUGUCUGCGGGAGGGGCUUCGCUCAGUCCCAGCACCUGCUGCGGCACCAGCGGGGGCACAAGGGAGCAAAACAUUUUGGUUCCUGUUUCAGACCAUUUUCAGCAUCAGCGGGACUGGAUGAGAGUCUCUACUGUUACAGCGCAUUGUGUGUAAAGCCUGAAACAGUUAUACGGCCAGGAAAGAGGAAGUUACUGUGGGCAGGGGCCGUACACGAGGCUGUAGCUGCGGCCAUGGUUAAACCAGAGGACUCCCACACCGUGGAGAAACCGUGGAAGUGUUGCGACUGCGGGAGUGGCUUCCAUGCCCCAUCUGUCCUGGAGAUUCAUCGGCGAAGUCACACCGGGGAGAGGCCAUUCUCCUGCCCCGAGUGUGGGAAAGGCUUUACCUGCUCCUCCCACCUGCUGGACCACCGCCGAGUCCACACUGGGGAGAAGCCAUUCUCCUGCCCUGAGUGUGGGAAGGGCUUCACCUACUCCUCCCACCUGCUGGCCCACCAGCGCGUCCACGCUGGGGAAAGGCCCUUCCCCUGCUCUGAGUGUGGGAAGACCUUCAGCAAAUCCUCGGACCUGCUGAAGCACCAAAGGGUCCACGGAGAGAGGCCAUUCAGCUGCCCUGAGUGCGGGAAGGCCUUCAGUGAUUCCUCUACCCUGCUGAGGCACCAGUGGGUCCACACAGGGGAGAGGCCAUUCAGCUGCCCCGAGUGCGGGAAGGCCUUCAGCAAUUCCUCUGCCCUGCUUAGGCACCAGCGCAUUCACACCGGAGAGAAGCCGUUUUCCUGCCCAGAGUGCGGGAAGGGGUUUACCCGCUCCUCCACACUGCUGACCCACCAGCGGGUCCACACAGGGGAGAGGCCAUUCAGCUGCCCCGAGUGCAGGAAGGCCUUCAGCGAUUCCUCUGCCCUGCUGAAGCACCAGCGAGUCCACACCGGGGAGAGGCCCUUCAGCUGCCCUGAGUGCGGGAAGAGGUUUACAUUUUCCCGCAACGUGCGGAAGCACCAGCGGGGGCACCAGCGCUCACAGCAAUCAGAUUCCACCACUGACACUGCUGUGAGUCCUCCCCAGGACUGAUUCUCCUGACAGUGGGUGCAGUGGGAGAGUUGGUGCACUGUAUUUGUUUUCUGUUGGACUGCAACCCCACAGUGGCUUAGGGGUGGCAUGGUGACUCAGUGAUUAGCACUGCUGCCUCAUGGCACCAGGAACCAAGGAUCAAUUCCACCCUUGGGGCAACUGUCUGUGUGGAGUUUGUGGAGGGUAGGAGAAUGGAUGAGAUAAGAAACCGCUGCCUUUCUUGAGACAAGUCUCCCGGAGAGAACUUGCUGACUGACUGAUUGUCUGAUCUACUGAUCCUCAUAGUGCCCCAUUGCCCUCAGUUAACUGGAGGAGGUCCACACAGAUGUACCGAAGCCCCUCUUUGGACUGUGGAAGGAAACCUGUGCAGACAGGGAAAACAUGCAAACUCCACACAAACAGUUACCUGAGGCUGGAAUUGAACUUGGGUCCCUUAUGCUGUGAGGUAGCAAUGCUAAGCAGUGUGCUACCCCCCAAUAUGUUAUAAAAUUUGAAUAAACCUACUAAGUUGGAAA